AUGAUUCGGUUUUCGAACUCUGCAGUGCCUUUCGCCGUUGCUCUGUGGGUUCAGCUCCUGACGACCCCACAGGUAUACCGGCGUUGCUACGAAUGCAUGUUCGUCAGCGUGUACUCCGACGCGAAGGUGCACGUAAGGCAUUAUGCCGUAGGUUACAUAUUCUUUACAGGAAUCCAAUACUCGAUCCUUUCGAUGACGCUUAGAAGCGACUCUUCGACAAUUUUGCGAUUCUCGGAUCUUUUCCGUUUCAACGUCCUCAUCGGGACCUUGAUCUUCGCUGCGGCCUUCCACUUGGAACAUGACACAACUAAGCGCUUCGCGAACUUCCGUAAGGACGCCACAGGAAAGGUGAAGUAUCUCCCAUCAUGA